UCCAGCCUCCGCCGCCUCAGCUUCCCGAGCGAGCCCUACGGCCGCCGGAGCAGCUCCCGCGGCGGAGCAGGAGCCGGAUGGUCAGAGGAGCCCGGCAGCCCCAGCAGCCGCGGAGUCGCCUGGCCCCCAGACUGACUGGCACAGUGGAGAAACCACCUCGAAAACGGAAAAGCAGGACUGAAUUUGCUCUUAAAGAAAUCAUGUCCUCUGGAGGUGCUGAAGAUGACAUCCCACAGGGAGAGAGGAAAACAGUUACAGAUUUUUGUUACCUUCUGGAUAAAUCUAAGCAACUGUUCAACGGGUUAAGAGAUUUGCCACAAUAUGGGCAGAAGCAGUGGCAGUCUUAUUUUGGAAGAACUUUUGAUGUUUACACCAAACUCUGGAAGUUCCAGCAGCAGCACCGACAAGUCUUGGAUAAUCGGUAUGGCUUGAAGCGGUGGCAAAUAGGGGAAAUUGCUUCUAAGAUUGGGCAGCUAUACUACCAUUAUUACCUGCGCACAUCUGAGACCAGCUAUCUGAAUGAGGCUUUCUCCUUCUAUUCUGCAAUCAGACAGAGAUCAUAUUAUUCUCAAGUCAAUAAAGAGGACAGACCUGAGUUGGUAGUUAAGAAGCUACGAUACUAUGCAAGAUUUAUAGUAGUUUGUCUUCUUCUCAACAAAAUGGAUGUUGUAAAGGAUCUGGUGAAGGAACUCUCGGAUGAAAUUGAAGAUUAUACUCACCGCUUUAAUACUGAAGAUCAAGUGGAAUGGAACCUGGUGCUUCAAGAAGUAGCAGCUUUCAUUGAGGCAGACCCUGUGAUGGUAUUAAAUGAUGAUAAUACCAUUGUUAUCACGUCUAAUCGCCUUGCUGAAACAGGAGCCCCAUUGCUGGAACAGGGCAUGAUUGUGGGACAGUUGUCUCUGGCUGAUGCACUCAUUAUUGGUAAUUGUAAUAACCAGGUUAAGUUCAGUGAACUAACUGUUGACAUGUUCCGGAUGUUACAAGCCCUGGAAAGGGAGCCAAUGAAUUUAGCUUCCCAGAUGAAUAAACCAGGAAUGCAGGAAUCAGCUGACAAGCCUACCAGGCGAGAAAACCCCCACAAGUACCUGCUCUACAAACCAACGUUCAGCCAACUAUACACAUUCUUAGCAGCAUCUUUUAAGGAGCUGCCUGCCAAUAGUGUGCUUCUGAUUUACCUGUCAGCCACUGGCGUUUUCCCCACAGGUCGUUCUGAUAGUGAAGGUCCUUAUGAUUUUGGAGGGGUACUUACUAAUAGUAACCGGGAUAUUAUAAAUGGAGAUGCCAUCCACAAACGAAAUCAGUCCCACAAGGAAAUGCACUGCCUUCAUCCUGGAGAUCUCUAUCCCUUCACAAGGAAGCCCCUGUUCAUCAUUGUGGAUUCGUCCAAUAGUGUUGCGUAUAAGAAUUUCACAAACUUAUUUGGACAGCCACUAGUCUGCUUGCUUUCUCCUACAGCAUAUCCAAAAGCUUUACAAGAUCAGUCUCAACGAGGUAGCCUGUUCACUCUCUUUUUGAACAAUCCUCUAAUGGCCUUCCUAUUUGUCUCUGGAUUGUCAAGCAUGCGUAGAGGCCUAUGGGAAAAGUGUCAAGAAUAUCUUCGAAAAAUCAACCGCGAUAUUGCCCAGCUACUGACCCAUUCACGUUCAAUAGAUCAGGCAUUUCUCCAGUUCUUUGGAGAUGAAUUUCUUCGCUUGCUUCUCACAAGAUUUAUCUUUUGUUCAGCCACCAUGAGGAUGCACAAGAUUUUUCGGGAAACACGAAAUUAUCCAGAAUCAUAUCCACAACUGCCAAGGGAUGAAACAGUGGAGAACCCUCACCUCCAGAAGCACAUUUUGGAAUUAGCAUCCAUUCUGGAUGUGCGAAACGUGUUCCUUGAGAAUACCAUAGACGACUAUUAA